ACACUAUUUUUGGACAAAUCGGAGCGCAAGCUCUUGCAUUUUUUCUCGUUCGCGCACGUUGAAGCGCUCGAUCCCCAUUCUACAAAGAGCCCUCCUUGGAGUUUAUCGGCUUUUGCGGGGCGUGCCGCACUUCCGCGAUUCAAGGCGUGCAACGAACGAUAUGGGGCGGCUAGCGAAUCUCAACGGCAAAGAGGAAGGGGCGAGCUCAGACGCCUGCUUCGAGCAGCUCCCACCGCCACGCCUCGGGCCACAGACCGCUGAUGCGCUUGCGGGACGCGGUAGACGUGUCAGUGUCAGGCGCCUGUUGUCGGGGCGACGACCACCACGGAGCUGCGCAAUGGCUGCUUCUACAAAACCGCUUUGGGCUUUACUCAUACUUCUCGUUCUUCUGUCUGCCUGCGCUGGCUUGUCCGUCGCUGACACGGCCCGACGACGACACGGCAGUGAUAGUAUCGCACAAGCACGCGGCAGCAGCAGAAGCAGCAGCAACCAGCGGUCGGCAAUUCAACGCCGUGUUUCGCCUACCGAGCCUCCAGAUUCGUCGACGGCGGUGGUCGCAACGACGGCGUCGGGCCUGCAGACGCUGGUGGACGACCCCGGUGCUGCUGGGUACUGGAUUGAGCUUGCUGCCGGCCAGUUUGUGCUCGACCAGGUCGUCCGCGUCCCGGCCAAUGCAACCGUUUGGUUGAGGGGUUCGCCGCCGCCGCUGGUCGCCAAUCCGCUGUUCACAAGCGCCCGAGCCGAGUUUGCCAGCAUCAAUGCCACCGUGCUCGACGCCAAGCGCGCCACCUUCCAGUCCACCGUCGUGGGGUACAACGGGCCGCCGUCCCCAACGAUCGGCAUUGUCGUGGACUCGGGAGCGACGCUGCACAUUCAGGACAUUGUGUUUACUGGCUUUGUGUCGACAAUCGACUCGGUGAUCACCUUCUUGGACGCGUCUCAUGGCUACUUUACGAACGUCAUGUUCUAUGAGAAUGGGCUCCUCGACGCUGUGGUCCACAUUUCGAAUGCAGUCGACCCGCCCGUUGACUUGUACUCGAACGGUCAGUGCGUGAGCACUGGCACUGACGUUGUUCUCGGCUUCUCGGACUGCAUAUUCUUCCAAAACUACGGUGCAUUGACGUCCGUGCUAUCCAUCCAGGCAACAGCCUCAGCAGCGUUUUCUCGCUGCACUUUUAUGGACAACCUCUCGAUUCGGACUCAAAUCCACUUGAUUGGUGAAAUCAGCGCGGAUUUGACCCUUUCCGUUGAUGUCGAGGUGGACAAUUCUGUCGCCAUCGGCAACUCGGCAUUGGGCUUCUUGGACACUUCGCUGCCCGCAUCGGGCUUGGUGGUAGGCCAAGGCGCGCACUCAAUCUCCAUUCUGAACAGUGCUCUUCUCGACAAUGUCGGCUUGUCGUCUGGCGUCGUUGACACUUCAACCAUCUUUUUCCGCAACAUUACGGCUACGCUUGCGGAUUCCUUGUUCAUUGGGAACUCGGCGGACCUCGUCGUCAUUCCUCAGUCGUCAGCUGGAGUCUUGAACGCGGUUGGAGGUGGCUCAGCAAUAGUUCGGAACUGCGUAUUUGAGCGGCAACAUUCAAUCUCGAAUGGUGGCACCAUCUCUCUCGACGACCGAUUCCACUGCGAAGUCAUCAAUUGCUCGUUUACCAACAACACUGCAAACACCUACGGCGGAGGCGUGGCGUUGAAUGCAGCCGCCUCCAUGACCAUCGCAAAUUCUUCCCUUUUCGGCGGUUUUGCGGGUUGCGGUGGAGCAGCAGCCAUUCUGGGGAGCUCGGCUCGCUUGAACAUUUUGAGCAGCCUCUUCCAAAACAAUUCCGGAGUCUGUGCGGGCGCCAUUUAUAUCGUGGACGAUGGCCAGCUACUCUUGUCAGACUGCACGUUUCUGUCCAAUUCGGCACUGUCGGGUGGUGCCAUCGUCGCUGGUGGUUCCGCCGUCAUUGACAUUUUCCGCUGCAUCUUCAUGGACUGUCGUGCUGGAGGCAGCGGUGGCGCACUCCACCUGUCGCAAACUUCCCGAACUUUGAUUUCCGACACGGUUUUCUUUGGCAACCGCGCCGCUUCUGGUGGCGUCCUCUGGCUCGCAGAUACCAGCAACGCCGUAUUGACAAACUGCACUCUCACAUCCAACUACGCCGUCCUGAGCGGUGGAGUUGCCGUGGUGGAGGGUUACAGCUCCGUAAAUGUGACUCAAAGUCGGAUCACUUCAAACGCAGCCUUGUCCAAGCCGGGCGGCGCCUUUCGCUGCGCAAGCGAGGCAGUGCUUGUUUUGACGCAGAGUGUCAUUUCAGGGAAUCAUGCUGUCGCCGCUGCCGUUGCUGAAAUCUCUGACUUGGCCACCUUGGCCAUUUACUCGUCGGUCAUCUCCAACAACGUUGCCACUGAUUCUGGUGGCGUGUUUACGGCUUCCACGGUUGAGCCAAGCAUCAGCCCGGAUGGCAGCUUUUUGGUCGAUUCGGCGCUGCUGGAUUUCUCGGAAGGGUUUACUGAUCUGUUCUCGCAGCUCGGGUAUCGAAAGUUUUCUGCCCGCUCGCCUUAUUUCGGCCUGGUGCUGCUGACGGACACGAUUUUCCUGAACAACUCGGCGAGGAAGCAGGAUGCUGGUGUGGGCAAGUUGUCCAACAGCGAGUUGGUUGUCCGCAACUGUACGUUUGAGGGCAACUCUGCCCCAGCGGGUAGCGGCGGCACGUUGCUAUUUAUGACGCGCUUUGCGAAAGCCGCUCCUUCCAUGCUGGUGGAAAACUCGACUUUUGCGCACAAUUCGGCGCAGCUCAACGGAGGAGCCAUUUAUUUCCCGACUCCCACGAUUGCGACGUCGACCAGCACUCCUGCAGUAUGGUCGACUGUUCGUGUGCUCAAUUCGACAUUUUCCGCCAAUUCGGCCAGUCAGGGCGGUGCCGUGUUUGCUGAGGUCUCAGCGUCCCUCCCCAUCGAGUCCAACAAUGUCUUUACCGGGCAAUUUGUGCGCCUGUACGGUGAGGAUAUUGCCACCGUUUGCACGCAGGUCGACUUUACGACGAGCAAACACUACAACGUCACCACUCCUCUGACGCUGCUCGCGGGUCGAGUGAUCAAUCUCGGCGCAGUCGUUUUGCUGGACGCCUUUGACCAAGUGGUCCUAUUCGAUGAGGGCUUGCCGGUUACGUUGGAAUUUGCUCUCCAAUACUGGAACGGGUCUUCCGCCGAACACGCAAUACAGCUCUGGUCGGCGGAAGAUGUGGACGCGCUCACCACGUUUACGUCAAUGCCCGUCUUCUCGGGACGCGUUGCAUUCCACCCAUUGACCGUUUUCGGUACCCCUGGCGCCUACCAGCUCGUCCCCCUGCUUAGCGAUGGUCGAUCAUUGACGCAUUUCGCCAACUACUCCAUUCGCUUGGUCAUUCUCGAGUGUUCGAGCUCGAUGGUCAUGUUUAAUUACAACGGGCAUUGGCAAUGCAUGACAGUCGACUCGCCUGCUUUUGCAGCAACGGCGGUCUUGGCUGGUCUUUCAGCCGUCGUUUUAUUGUUUCAAAUUGUUGGCGUUGUUGUCAUUCGACUUUACCGCGAUCAUAAAGUUGUGCAAGUUGCCGGUGAAGAGUGGUGCUACAUGCUGGCCUUCAGUAGCUUCAUGUGCUUGUUGCAAAUCUUCCUUCACUUGGCUCCUCGCUCGGACGUGGUUUGUGGCUUCAUUGUUUGGGAUGAGCAUGUGUGCUUCAUCUUGGCCUUCUCCUUGAUUGCCGUCAAGUUACGUACUGGCCAUAGCCUUUCGGAAGGAACGGGGUCCCGGAAUCUGGAGCUCAAAAUCGACCCGCAUAAACUUUUCUUCCAUUGCGCGAUUGCUCUCGGUAUCUCGGGUUUUAUUGUCGCCAUCUGGCAGAUUGUGAGCCCACCGAAAGCAUCACUAAGGUCGGUUUCGUCAACGGAGCUGCAGUACGAAUGCGCCACGGAAACAGUCGGAUUUUUGUAUGCCCUUUACGCUUAUGAGGUCAUCACGCUGAUUGCUUGUCACGUGCUGGGCUUCCGAAUUCGAAGAGCCACGACCCUGUUCAACGAGGCCAAACUGCUCUCGUGGGUCGUUUGGGUCGUUACUGUCUUUGGCGUCGGCGGUGCCGUUUUGGUUCUUGCUCUGAGCAGCGCCGUAUCGGCCACUGGUUUGCAAGUAUUUAUCAACAUUUCUUUCUUUGUCAGCGGUUGCGCGUUGACGUUCAUCAUCUUCCUGCCCAAGAUUUAUUCCAUCAUCUCUGGCUCUUGGAAGGCUGGCGGAUUGGGCAAGGAAGUGGUGCUGUGCUAUACCAUCGAGGACAAGUCUUUCAUGAAGCGCAUUGAAGCCAUGCUCACCGAAGCUGGCAUUGAAGUGUGGUUUGACGAGCUUCGACAGCAUGCUGACAAGACGCGCCGCCGCGAGGUCGCCCAGACGGUGAUGGGGUGCCAAUCUCUUAUUUUUAUCGUCUCGGAACACUCUGUCAAGUCGCCGUACUGUCAAACGGAAGUCCAGUUUGCCUUCGAUAGUGGAGUCAGAGUGUUUCCAGUCAUCAUCAGCAACAAGUUUAUGGAGGUCAUCGAUCCUGGUCUGGAAAUGCUUUUGAAACGUUUCCAAUGGGUUAUCUUUGACGAGCCGAACAAGCCCGAGUCAGCGCUGGAUGCCAGCUCGGACGAUCUGAGCGCGGCCUCUCACAAACAGAAAAAGAACUUGCGCGCCGAACGCAUGCUACAACUCAAGAAUGCCGUGUCAAAUCAUUUGAAGAUGAAGUCCGACCAGCGAUCAAAACCCGCUUCUCAUGUCGCAGAGGCAGGCAACGCCAACCAGGAAGGAUAUGCAGGCGCGCCCAGUAAGACUCAGACGCAUGCGCAAGCACCUAACACGCCCAACGAGCUGGCUGCAGAGCUCAAGCCGAAAGACCUGUUCAUCUCUUGGGCGCACAUCGAUCACGCGCUGGUUCGCGAGCGCCUUUGGCCCGAUCUCGAGGCUCGACAUAUUGAUUGCUGGAUUGACGUUUCGGCGCUGGUGGCCGGCGACUUUUGGCGUCGCGCGAUUGGCCAGGCCAUCAAGCAUUGCAAGGUUUUCCUGUUCGUAAUGACGCCCGCCUCCAUCAAGUCUCAGUACUGUCAAGAAGAGCUGCUGUAUGCCGCCUCCUGCAAGAAGCUCAUCUACGUCAUCCACACCAAGUCCUGCAAGCGGGAGCUGGACGAGUUCCCGGAUAUUCGUGCCGUCAUCGCCGACGCCGUCAAGACCGACUUUUCAGACACGGUUUUGUAUCUUUCGCAUGUUGACUCGUUAGCCGAGCAAAUCGCCAAAGAAUUUGCGACCAUUCGAGAGCAGGAGCAGGCAGUAGCUCUCAAGAAGCAGCAAGACCGUGAGCAGCAGCAGCUUCGAGCCCGGUCGCGCUUGCCAAACGGCUCUUCGUCCGUUCGCUCUGCAAGUAACACCAAGUGGAAGCCUCUCGCAAUCAUUUCUUCGGCGCUGAGCAGGACACGCAUGCAUGGCGUCAAUACGACCACAGCCAUGCCCGUCCUUAGCGAAGCGCAGGAGGGUGCGCCCACUGGAAGUGGCGUUGUUGGGGCCGAGCAGCCAGAGCCCGCAAGUCCAGUGAAGACCGCCCCGCAUGCCGACGAAUCAAGUUUCGUUGAUGUACACUCUCCAACGACGACAGCAGGCCACGCACUUCACUACGUGCGUGAGGUCGACACGGAAAGCACCGUCAGCGGCAUCUCCCUUGACCGUGUUAGUCGCUAUUCUUCGGCCAGCUUGACGCCUGGUGAUGCUGCGACCUCGUCCUCUCCGAUCACCAUCGAUAGUGAGACUGAGGCAGAAGAGGAUGUUGAUCUUGUCAAGUUUGGCGCCCAGCUGGCUGCGGCUCGCAAGCAAAGUCGGAAACUCGAGAUGAGCUCGUUUUUCCGCCUCGGUGGCAUUGGCCAGUUCACUGCUUCCUCCGACAGAACGUCUAUUCGAGGUGACGCAUCUAUGGAAUUGCCGGCCGCAUCCUCGUCCCUCAGUGACAAGCCUUCCGCUCGCUGGAAACGGGCUGCUGCAGCUGUUCGCCUGGGGACUCGGUUGCGGCCUGAACCCAAAUCGCUGCCAGUACCAUCGCGAGGCCCUGCCAACACAUCUCGCAAGCGCUCCAACUCGAUCACGGUUACCGAGCAGCAGCAGACGCCCAUCGAAAUGACGGAGCGAUCGAGCGCGAACAAUGCCCACAAGCCCGCUGCGAAAACUAGCAGUUUCGACAGUGCGCUUGGGCUUCGGAGCAAGCGCUUUGCCGCCGCCACCGCCACCGCCUCCUCCAAGGCGCCAUCCUCCCCUAUUUCAGAGAUUUCAACCAUACCAAUGUUUGACGUCAACCUGGCUGGUCAAUCUGGAAGCGGCAUCCAAGCCUCCGCAUCGAGCAACAUUGUGAUUGAGCUUGAGCCCGUUGCCUCCUCAUCUGCAUGCAGCUCGAGCAAUUUCGAGAGUCAUCCCGUGCACGUUGACCAUGGCACUGCGGUGUAAUCUCCUUUAUUCCGUUAAGAUUCAUUAUCCUCCUUUUUUUUUUCUGUACCAUCACCCCCUUUUUGUUUCGAUUUCUUUUGCUCGAGUUUGUUGAGUUUGAUGCUUUUUAUGUGUGUGUUGCGAUGUAAUAUUCAUUGACGACUCGUCAGUAUUCACCAUUCCACAGUCGAUGCAUGGAAGCGCUGGAUUUUGCUGUUCACCGUAGUUUUGUAUUGUUUCCCCGAA